AUGGCGACUAAAGUUAUGAAGAUGUACAAAACACCUCUAUUUCCAUCAUUCGAUUCUUCAAAUACGCCAGCAUACAACUAUACGGGGGCAUUCAAGUACAACCCAAGGUCAUUCCUAAUGAAGAACCCGCGUCAAAACAAGCUGUACGCACAGUACUUCGCUCAAUCGAAGAAUUAUAGAAGAAGAUCGGCGCGUAGUAGGAAGAUGUCAUCUCCCGCAAGAUCAGCAUCCUCCUCUAAUUCGAGCUCGAAAUCGUCUGUGUCUCCACCACCAUCAACCAAAUCUUCUAGCUCGCAUCCCGCAGCAAAGUCAAAUUCUCGUUCAAAGGCGUCUGUUUCACCUCCAAGAAAAUUAUCUGUCUCUCCGCCACCAAUGAAAGCAGCUGAAACUACUGUUCACCCUAAGAAAAUCGAUACUCCUCCGUCGGUAGAGCCAUCUACUUCUACUCCUCAUUCAUUGACGUCUGUUUUCCCUCGAGAUAACCCAUUUGCCUCCUCAUCUCCAUCAAAGAAUUCCGAAAAGACGUCUACUUCUCCAUCUAUUUCUUCUAUACCAGUAAAGGGAUCUGACAGCAUAACACUUUCAUCUGUUUCUUCUAUCUCUUCAAAAUUGCCUCCAUCUCCACCCCCUUCAUCCGCUGCCUCGGCUAUCUCAAGGACGCCUCUACCUUCAUCUUCAUCACCCGCUACUCAAAAGAUACCACUACCCUCGCCUCCAUCAUCUGCAGUUUUAGCUCCUUCGGAGCCAGCCGUCUCCUUACCAAACAAACCACGUUCAGAUGAUAAAAUUGGAAUAACCACCAAACUCAAUCCUUUUAAGCAAACAACUUCCGAGGCAAAGAGCAACACGAUCACUAUCAAAAGCGUUGACCCAUCAAGACCUCAACCUGUUGUUAAAGACGAAAAGAUUACUGUCAAGGUUAGCGCUCCAAAGAGAUCACGGCCAGAUGAUGAGGAUGAAAGAACAGCUGCUCAGAGUGAAUCCCCAAAGAAACGACGAAUUGCUGCCAAGGCCUCGAAAGCCGUUACCAAGAAAGCUACCACUUCCAAGCCGGCUGCAAAGCUCUCGAAAGAAGAACUGGAGAAGUCACGCAGUGACUCGCUAAGAAAGCGAAGAUACUUGGCCUCGAAAGUACGCAAUGACUCAACACGCAUGCCAUCAAAUGCACAGAGGGGGCUGUCCAAUGUUACUGGAUAUGCGUGCUACAGAAACAGUCUUCUACAAGGACUUCUACAUCUUCCCAAGUUCUUCAAUUUCUUGAUUGACCAACAUCCUGUGGAAACUUGUGACAUACCCAAAAGGGAUUGUUUGGCCUGUUCUCUAAGCCUCCUCUCUUCAAAGUACUGGACCGUUGAUGUUCCUUCCAAGGAUAUCACACCAAUUCUGAGAAAACUCGAGGUUCAGUGCAAGCGUCUUGGGUGGUAUCCUGGACCCUCUGGUCAAGGUGAUCCCCAUGAGCAAAUUACCUGGAUGUUGGAAAAGAUUGAGGAACAGAUCAAGGCGUCGAGCGUUGCCAGUAUGCAGUCGAUAAUGCAGCUUGUUUUGAGCAGCAGAAUCAAAUGCGAUCACUGUAAUAACAUCUCUGUGGGAGACUUACAAGAUGAACUAGCCUUAUCCAUACCCCUCAAGCCGCGUAUCCGAGGUGGUUCUGUUUCCUCGUACCUGCACAAGUACUUGGAUGAGACCAUUGAAGGUUACAAGUGCGAGAAGUGUAAGGUAACGGGGGACGUUCAUCGCGUACAGUCGAUCAGUCACGCACCGGAUAUCUUGUUCGUCCAGCUUAAACGGUUUGGUUAUGAUGGAAGAAAGGAUAAGCUUGCUAUUCCGAUCGACCAUACCCUCGACCUCAGUCCUUAUCGCGACCCUAGUGGAAGCAAGGACUCCAUGGAGUACGAACUUGUAGCAUCUGUUUCGCACUCUGGUAGCCUCGACUACGGACAUUACACCUGUGAUGCUCGUGGACCCGAUGGUCGCUGGAGUUGCUUCAACGAUUCAUAUUACAAUGCUACGACUCUGGCAAAGGCUUUGGGGGGUAACCAACCGUAUUUGCUGCUCUACCAACGCAAACAGACUUAA